AGGGUCUUCCCCUUUCACAGGAGGGUUCCGCCGCAUCAUUGCAGAUCACCAGCCUAAAAAUUCCGACAGUUGUCGUCUUCUCCAGCGGCGAAUCGAAUAGCAAAUACAAGUGAGCAACAGGAAGAAGCAGACCGUAUAAGUAUGCUCCACGGUCCCCACCCGAAGCUGGUAUAUCAUCUUAUCCCGACAUCUUCAGUAUCCAGCUGCUACAUACUAUCGCAAAGCCUCACUAUCAUCAUCCUUUCUAAAUCCUCAUAACGUACAUACCCUUAUCCUAUCUAUUGCAUUCUACAUCCCGCAUAAUGAAUGAAUUCGCUGUUUGCCCGACCGCCGGCCGCGACAGGCGGGUAUCCUCCGUAUCCUCCAUGGUGGCCACUGCGGCCAAACUGGACUCGGGACCAACAGUAGUCGUUCCCCCCGCCUCGUACAUGGCCUCCACAAUCCCCGAGACAAUGGCAAUCGCCAGGGCUCAUACGGACCACACCAUCAUGGACGAUGAGAUAUCGAGCGACGACGAAUCCUCCACGCCGAUCAGCACCGUUGUUCCCACUUACGCCUUUGCCUUCGAUAUCGAUGGAGUUUUGCUGGCCGGCGGAGAGGUUAUUCCCGGAGCCAAGGAGGCCAUGAGAGUGCUGAACGGCGAAAAUCCGGAUGGUAUCAAGGUUCCCUAUAUCUUCGUCACCAAUGGUGGUGGCAAGACCGAGCAAGAGCGGUGUCUGGACCUAAGCAAGCAGCUCGGCGUAUCCGUAUCUCCGGGUCAAUUCAUCUGCGGGCACACACCGAUGCGGGAAAUGGCCGAGAAGUACGGCACCGUCCUCGUCGUCGGUGGCGAAGGCGAGAAGUGCCGAAACGUCGCGGAAGGAUACGGUUUCAACGACGUGGUAACUCCUGGCGACAUCAUGAAGUGGAAGUCGGCCGUCACACCUUUCCGCAAUCUCACGGACGACGAGCACAAGAACUCGCGGGACCGCGAUUUCUCGCAGGUCGAGAUCGAGGCGAUCUUUGUUUUUGCCGACAGCCGGUUUUGGGGCGACGAUACCCAGAUAAUUCUGGACUUGCUCAUGAGCAAGAACGGACGCAUGGGGACGCUCUCUGACACCUUCGACGAGGGCCCGCCAAUCUACUUCUCCCACAACGACGUAGUGUGGGCUACAAACUUUGGUCUCAACCGGCUCGGAAUGGGCGCGCUCCGCGUCUUCAUCGAAGCUCUGUACAAAGAGCGUACAGGCAAGACUCUGAAAUCGGCAACGUCUUUUGGAAAACCACAGGUUGGUACCUUCCAGUACGCAACUAGGGUCCUUGAGCAGUGGCGGGAGGAUGUGUUUGGCGAGGAGGGACCUCCAAAGACGGUCUACUUUGUUGGCGAUACGCCAGAAUCAGAUAUCCGGGGUACAAACGAAUUCCACAAGCAUGUCGACGAGGAAUGGUACUCAAUCCUGGUCAAGACGGGAGUCUACCAAUCCGGCACCGAGCCGCGCCACAAGCCCCGAGUGAUUGUCGACAACGUCCUUGACGCGGUCAAGCACGGAAUGGAGCGAUCACGGAAAGCCGCGCUGAAAGAGAUGGAGGAGCUCAACAACGGCGUCGCAGUUCAGAAGUGAAACUUCCCCCCCCCCCACCAACGUCGACGGUGCGCAGCAGCGGUAAAAGUGGAACCCUGAGCCCGAUAAAAUGGUGCUCGGUAAUGCUCAAUUCAGCCGG